AUGGCCGCAUCUUUUGAACAAGUCAUUGCUGAGGCGGUGGCCGGCCGUACAAUCCCAGGCGUCGUCCUCCUCGCAGAAAACAAGUCGGGCUCGCUUCACUAUGAAAAGGUCCUCGGCCUGAGCUCAGUUGAGCCCGGCAAGGAGCAGGCCCUUGCCAUGGACAGCGUCUUCAUGUUCAUGUCCAUGACCAAGCUCAUCACAUGCAUCGUCGCACUGCAGGCCGUCGAGCGUGGCCUGUGGGAUCUCGACGCCGACGUCGCGCCGCUGCUUCCAGAGCUGGCGGCGCUGCCGGUCCUCGCGGGCUUCUCGUCUGACGCCGACAACGCCACGCCCAUUUUGGAAGCCCGCGAGGCACCCAUCACGCUGCGCCUGCUCUUGACGCACAGCUCGGGUGUCGGCUACGAUUUUUUGACGGCCGACCUGAUCCGCUACCGCGCGUGGCUCGUCAAGCAGCCACCCGAGGCCGGUCUGGAGCCGCCGCCCAAGAUGAGCCCUGCGCCGCCGUCGGUCGAGGAGCGCUUCCGCCUGCCGCUGGCCUUCCAGCCGGGCCAGGGAUGGACAUACGGGGCAGGCAUCGAUUGGACAGCCCGGCUGCUGGAGCGGCUUUACGCCAAAGUUGCGGGCCAGACCGCCGGAGCGGGUGCUCCCGAUUCCGCCGCUCUUUCCGCAUCGGGCGAGUCCAAGCUGCCCUUCGUCCCUUUCGAAGACAUUGUCAUACGCGACAUUCUGACCCCGCUCGGCUUGCCAGCCGGUGCUCUGACAUUCCAUCCCGAGCGCUACCCCGAUGUGAUGGCGCGCGUGUGGCCGUCGCUGCCCGGGCGCGAGGGUGGGCCCGACAGCCCUGUUGUCCACGGUCCUUCGUUUUACAGCAAAGCGCCGGCCGCUCUCGGUGGCCAGGGCAUGUACGGUGACAUGCCGUCGUUUUUCGUGCUUCUGCGGUCGCUGCUGCACGACGACGGCACGCUGCUGCCCUCCAAGUCAGCCACGACCGAGCUGCUGUUCACGCCGCAGCUGCCGUCCGAUGCGUCGCGCCAGCAGCUGCUGCGCAGCACAGAGAACUCGGCAUGGAUCACGGGCGACGUCCCGGACACAAAGGAGUACGACUGGAGCCUGGGCGGCUUGCUGGUCACGGGAACGUCGCACCCGGUGCGGCGCAAGGGUGCCGUGUUCUGGAGCGGGGCGAUCAACCUGACGUGGAUCCUGGACCGCGAGGCCGGCCUGGCGGCGGUGUUUGCGUCCAACUUCCAGCCGCCGGGCGACCCGCAGGCCAAGGCUCUGAUGCGCGCGUGGGAGGCCUUUAUCUAUCCGCAGGCCGCGAAUCUGUAG